AUGAACUGGAUGGAGAACAAUUCUCAAGCGACUGAAUUCAUUCUUGUGGGAUUAACAGACGCCACAGAGAUGCAGAUCCCUUUGUUCAUUGUCUUUACUUUAAUUUACUUCAUCACUCUGGUUGGGAACCUGGGAAUGAUCCUGUUGAUCCUGUUGGACUCUCGUCUCCACACUCCCAUGUACUUUUUUCUCAGCAACCUCUCCCUGGUGGACUGUGUUUAUUCUUCGGCUGUCACUCCCAAGGUGAUGGUGGGAUUUCUCAUAGGAGAAAACAUCAUCUCCUUCAAUGCAUGUGCUGCACAAAUGUUCUUCUUUGCAGCCUUUGCCACUAUUGAGAGUUUUCUCCUGGCCUCAAUGGCUUUCGAUCGUCAUGCAGCAGUGUGCAACCCAUUGCAUUAUACCACCACCAUGACAAGUUCUGUGUGUGCCUCAUUGGUCACUGGAUGCUACAUAUGUGGACUCUUGCAAUCUUCUAUCCAUGUUGGCUUUACUUUCCACCUCUCCUUCUGUCGUUCCAAUGUGGUUAAUCACUUUUUCUGUGACAUUCCUGCACUGUUAUCCCUCUCUUGCUCUGACAUCGCCACAAAUGAGAUUGUACUUUUCACAUUGGCAGCUUUCAAUGUCCUUUUCACUCUCUUUGUAAUCUUGAGCUCUUACCUCUUCAUUUUUCUUGCUAUCCUGAGAAUGCACUCAGCUGAAGGAAGAAAGAAGGCCUUCUCCACUUGUGCUUCCCACCUAACCACUGUUUCCAUCUUCUAUGGGACAAUCAUUUUCAUGUACUUACAACCCAAUUCCAGCCAUUCCAUGGACACAGACAAAAUGGCGUCUGUAUUCUAUACUAUGGUCAUCCCCAUGCUAAACCCUGUGGUCUACAGCCUGAGAAACAAAGAAGUCAAGAGUGCAUUCAGUAAGGUAUAUGGAAAAGCAAUGUUCUCAUUGGGCUCAGCCUUUUAA